CAGGGAGACUUUUAUCACCCAGAGAGACACCAGAUUAGGCCCCCACGUACGUAAUGCUCUUGUUAUGGAGGCCUCCUGGCCCCAGCUGAAGGGUUGUACAUAAUUUCUAAUUUCCUCUGGCUUCUCUUUGCUUGUUUGGUUCAGUUUUUUUUUUUUACCUUUUGUUCUCUUCUUUGCUCCUUCUCAAGCAAACAAAAGAAAGCAAUUACGCUGUAUUCAUGGAAGCACUUUGCUAUAACUGACAUAGCUCUUAUGGCAUGAACAAGGAACAGAGAAAAAAAAUCAGUGGCACGAUAGUGGCUGUGUGAGUGUAAAUCUAGAAGCUUCUGGCGUUUUUCUUUUUUUUUUCUUUCACCUGUGCACAUUCAAUAGCACUUCUAUCCAUUUUCACCACGGCAACUAAGCUUAUUCUGGUCUGUGCGUUUGUGUGGUGUGCCCUUUCUAGCCUUAACCUUGGUCCCUGUUGGCGACUGUGCAGUGUUUUUAAAAAAUAUAUUGUUGAAUGUUGCUCAUUGUGAAUAGUGCCCAUCGAUUUUAAUAUUGUAUUCCAAAGAACUGGCCAUCCAUCACCAGAGGCCCUUGAAUGCUGUAAGGACCAGGCUAUUUAUUUGCUGCUGAACUAGUCAAGACCAAUCAAAUGUAUUUGAAUUUUUUGGGGAGAGGGUUUCUGAUGUCAAAUACUUCUUCUCAGCAUGGAGUGCUCUUUAUUUUCUGAACUAUGUUGAUUGUUCUGGUUUAUUUCCUAGGUAAUCCAUUGCAUAUUUGUGCCUAAUGUUAUAGUAGUGGAAAAGAGGAAGUUGAAUGUUGAUUUUUUUUUAUAGAUACUAUACGUCCAGUUAAACUGGGUAUGUUUCAUGUAAAUGUGCCUGGUGAGUGGUGAAUAAUGAUUUGUUUUGUUGUACAAAGCCCGAAAACACGAAGGUUUUCCGAAAAUAAUAAGAUGGCUGCCGUCUUCUCAGAGAUGAUGAGCUGGACUGGCAUGGCGUACUCCGAGUUCUAGCUUAAUUAAGAGGCUACAUCUAUCUUGUUUUUAUAUCUGUUUGUUUACCUUUUGUUUGUAGACAUCAGCCAUUAUAGCCAUAGUCAUAGUUUAGCAUGACUUUCUGUAGCCAAAUGAUCUCCAAUGCCACAUUCUUUGCUACCUCCCUGUAAAAUUGAGCAUUUCACGCUUCCCAUUGAUCACGUCUGGUCCGUCUGAAUCCCCCCCCCCCCCAUACUGCUUUCACUGUUUUUGUAAGCAUGGAAGCCGCGUAUUCUCUUUCAUCAUCACUGAAUGUUGUGCUUUGAAUGUCAACCCUGCCCUUAAAACUGUUGCCAUACAUAUCCAAUUGAUUUUUCACAUUUUUCCUUUUUUUGUCUUUUUUUUAUUAUUAUUAUUAUUUGUUUAGUUUGUUUGGAGAGAAGGCAAAAAGGGAAUUGACACCAGUUAUAUGCAGUCCAGUAACUGGUGUCAUCAUCCUCAGUAUUUCUGAACUUUAUAUUGUAGAAAUAGGUCGACACUAUUAUGUAUGUAGAGUGUGUAGGUAGAUAUGAGUUAAGGAGUCUGAAAUAUCUUUUACACUUGUUUCACAUGCUGGUUGCCCAGUCUCUCUUAAAGAGAUGAUUCCUUGUUGAUAUUCAAUAGGUUUUAACAUGUCUCUUGAACAUGUUAAGCGUUAUAUGUUGUUUUGAUGUAGAGUAUAUAUAGCAUACACAUUAUUUCUGUACAACUGGCUUGGUACAUUUUUAAGUCUUGUGAAAUGGACCCAAAGCCGCCUUGAAUGGUGCCAAAUAACCCAUCAAUUCAGAAUCUAAUGCCACGGCAAUCAAAUUUCCAUUAUCUAACACCAUUUAAACUUUGUGUCCAAGUUGGGUUUUCACAAGGUAUUUGUGUAUAUUGAACUGUUUGAUGUAUAGUAUAUGCCCCUCUGGAAAAAAAAAAGUUUACUGAGUUGAGUUGACGUAAAGCACUUUUUGACACAUUUUUGUAUGCACAUGUUUAAGCUAAAGCAAUGAUGAGCAGAACAAUCAAAGCAAUCACGAAUAUGUAUUUUGCCUGUUUUGCCCCCUCACAGUUGGAGAGUCACUUUGGUGAUAAACACUUAUCUUGGCCACUCAUUUUCCCUAGCCAUCCACCUCAUCCAGGCCCAAUUUAACCUUUACCAUGGGUGUGAAACAGCGACCUCUGCUGGUCAUUAGGCUUAUGGGCAUGGCAUAAUGGCCCCCCUCAGACUGGCCUUGACUGAUAACACUGAAUUCCCCUGAAACAAGAACACAUAUAGAAUGAACGGAGUUUAGCAGGUGGACAAUACACUAAAUGCCAUGAACACGGUAACAUUCUCACACCGGUCCUGUGUAGUGGCCUCACCUGUGUGUGUGUUGUGUAUAUAGUAAACUCCCAUACAAAGGCAGAGUGCAGGUUUAAUAUGAUAGUCAAUAGAUGACAACGUUAUUGUUUAUGCACUGGCUUAUGAGAGACACUCACCGGUAUUGCCAGUGGAGAACUCGUAUGUCACUCUCUGAAUGGGGUUUUUAUUUAUAUUGGGAUUCUAGUCCGCUCUGUUCCUCUUCUUUCCUUUUUUUCUUUUCAUUUUUUAUUGAGGUCCUGUUAAUUCUCUUUUUUUUGUUUUGGUGGUCAUAUUCCCCCCCUCUCAGAACAAUUGUCCUACAUGCUUUAUGUGCAAUACUGCUGAAAUUGGUUUCUGUGAGGUAGCUGCUAGUGAUGGAUAGAAAGUGUUAAUGUGUGUGGGGAGGGAGAAAAAGAGCGAGUGUGAGAGAGGAGGAUGCAGUCUGGAGGCUGGUCCUUCACUGGUCUUUGCUAGUCCCUCUGCAUCAGUUAGAUCCUGUUACAAAUUUAAAAAAUGGAAAAAAAAGAUUAUUUUGACAUUUUAAAAAGCAUCAAGGUUUUGUAAAUGGUCCUUAAUGUGAGAGGGGGAGACAACUAUGAAUAUACUUUGUACACACAUUUAAUCUUGUAAAAAAAAAGGAAAGAAUAAAUUUUUUAAAAAUCUGAAAACAUACAUAAACUAUGGCUGUUUUCCCUGUGUGUAGUUCACAUAAUUGUUUUUUAACAGCUGCAUCCAGUUUUAUCUGUGUUUUCUUUUAGAUUCUUUUCAAUAUUUUCUAGUUCAACAAUAAACAGAUAAAACACUA